UGCUUCUUCCGCAAACAAAGAGUAAUGAAUGUGGACAGAGAGUGACAAUCAGUCCCCUUCCCCCACGGCGCAAGUUAACACCGGCCCCUCCACUUCCUCUUCUCCCUCUCCUAGGAAACGUUAUCAUCGAGAUUUCGCUCCAUUUCCGUUUCCUUCAGUCGGACUCAUCAAUCACUUUCCGCCCCCGGCGCAUGUUAGCCUCUUAUCACCACCGACUCUCUAAUCCUCUGCUUAUACCCCCUGCCAUCUCCUGGAUGAAUUCCGACUGCAUUUCAGCACCAGAAGUCUCGCAUUUGGGUUAGUUGCAGAAUAUUUGUCAUAUUUCGGAAUGCGAGGGCGAGAUGUUUAUUCUACAUACAAGCGUUUGUUGUCGAGAGACCAUAUUAAUGCCCAGGAGGGCCACGACAGAGAAGACGGAUUAGGCAGGUUGCAGAAUGGGAUUGGGAAAGAAUCGACAAACCCUUCAUGGAAGCAUUCUCUACCACAUGUACUUGUUGCAGCCCUUUCAUCGUUCUUAUUUGGUUACCAUCUUGGGGUGGUUAAUGAUACACUAGAAAGCAUAUCCAUGGACUUGGGCUUCAGUGGGAGUACUAUUGCUGAAGGUUUGGUUGUGAGUACAUGUUUAGGCGGUGCCUUUGUUGGAUCUCUGUUCAGCGGUUGGAUUGCUGAUGGGGUUGGCCGUCGAAGGGCAUUCCAAUUGUGUGUUUUACCUAUGAUAACUGGGGCCUCAAUGAGUGCCACCGCAAACACAAUCGGGUUCAUGCUUCUUGGGAGGUUUUUAGUUGGAACUGGAAUGGGUCUUGGGCCUCCUGUUGCAUCUCUCUACGUAGCAGAGGUCUCACCAGCCUUUGUAAGGGGUACUUAUGGGAGCCUCAUUCAAAUUGCAACAUGUCUCGGACUUAUGGGGGCGCUAUUCAUAGGUAUCCCGGCCAAGGAUAUUGUGGGCUGGUGGAGAGUUUGUUUUUGGGUAUCUGUCAUUCCUGCUGCAGUACUUGCUGUUUUAAUGGAAUUCUGUGCAGAGAGUCCUCAUUGGCUUUUUAAGAGAGGAAGGAGUGCUGAAGCUGAGAUUGCAUUUGAGAAGCUUCUAGGAGGGUCUCAUUUUAAAUCUGCAAUGGCAGAGAUUUCAAAAUUAGAUAGAGGGGAUGAAGCAGAGGCUGUAAAGUUUUCGGAGCUAUUCUAUGGUCGCCAUUUCAGAGUGGUCUUCAUUGGGUCUAUGCUGUUUGCUUUUCAACAACUAUCUGGAAUAAACGCUGUAUUCUAUUUCUCUUCAACUGUCUUUAAAAGUGUAGGAGUACCUUCUGACUUCGCAAACAUAUGCGUAGGAAUUGUAAAUUUAUCAGGGUCAGUUAUUGCCAUGAUUUUGAUGGAUAAACUAGGAAGGAAGAUCCUUCUUUUUGGGAGCUUCUUGGGUAUGGCAGUGUCAAUGGGUUUUCAAGUGACUGCAGCCAGCUCUAUUGUCUCAGGCUCUGUGGCUAUGUACCUAUCGGUUGGUGGUAUACUGCUGUUUGUCUUUACAUUUUCUCUUGGUGCUGGGCCUGUCCCAGGUCUCCUCCUAUCAGAAAUAUUUCCAGGCCGGAUCAGGGCAAAAGCCAUGGCAGUCUGCAUGGCUGUGCAUUGGGUGAUAAACUUUUUCGUUGGCUUAUUAUUUUUGCGUUUGCUGGAGCAACUUGGGCCACAAAUUCUGUACGCAGCCUUUGCUACCUUUUGCUUGAUGGCUGUGGCUUUUGUAAGGAAGAAUGUGUUGGAAACUAAAGGCAAAUCACUACAGGAAAUUGAGAUUGCCCUGCUUCCAGCAGCCUAGAGUAUGUGAGCCCCUUUUUUCAGUUUUCUCGACUACUUCCUGAGCACUUUGACGAGUGCUGCUGAGCUCUACAUAUAUCUUUUCGGAGGAUCGCUGCACUGCUGCAGUAAUCCGAAGCAAGUUUGUCCAGUGACAACUAAGCUCUUACCCGCUAUUUUCCACCUUUCUGUGUUUCAUGUAUUUGCUAUCAGCUGUAAUCUAUGGAAUAAAACUUCAAUUAUUCUACGAGUUUUUUUGUGUUGUA